CCCAAUCUUCGCUUCCUUUUCCCUUUCACUCGUUCGCUCUUUCGUUUCUCUGUCUUUCCUUGCGCUGUUUCUAGAGAGAGAAACUUAACUUCCACAGAUCGACAAUUCUGUCAAUGAGUCUCCGAUCAGCUCUCAUAGGAUGGAAUCUCUGAGCUCCGAGGCUGAUUUUGAUUGCAUUGUAAACCCCCUUGUUGCGUGCGGGUAUGUACGUAUAAGAUUCUAGCUUUGCUCAAAGGGGUACUUCAUUUAUGUAUCAUACUUCGAAGGGUCGCGGUAUUUUUGGGUGUUUGGGGCUUUGAGCUGAUUUGAGCUGGAAUGAGUAAGUCGGGUUUGGGUUUUCUCUGGUGGAUUUGAUUGAAACCUAGGACUAGUAUUAAGUUUCAAUUUGAUGGUGUUUGGUGUUUGGGUGGGAAGCCAAGAUCUGUGUUUGGUGCUGUAAGGGACUUGUUGAUGAUUGGUGUUCACUACAAGUGACUAACUUUUGGUUGAUUGUAAGGUCUCUGUGUUGAUUUGAACUCCAUUAUCGGUAAAGAUGGGUGUAUCAGUGGAUUCUGGUAUUGGGUUUUACAGGACCUUGAGGGUGAGUUAGGAAACCUUCAUAUUGGUAAGCUUCGAGAUUUGGGUUGCUUCCGAGGCCGACAUAGGCUUCGUCUCGUCCAAAUCUUGGUUGAAAAGGAGGACUUUUAAGAUGUCCGGAGCACCUAGGGUUAGGUCCAUGAAUGUUGCCGAUUCAGAGACCAGGCCUGUCCUUGGACCUGCAGGGAACAAGGCUGGGUCAUUGAGCGCCCGUAAACCUGCCUCAAAACCAAUGAGAAAGGCCCAAAAAUCACCCGAGGAGGUUAUGGUGGCUGAAGAGAAGAAAGCACUUGCAUCUAUUUCAGUCAUUACGGCUUCAUCUCCUAAAGCGCAUUCAAUUCUUCGACGCCAUGAGCAAUUGUUGCAUUCAAAUUUAUCACCGAAUGCUUCAUGUUCUUCUGAUGCCUCUACAGAUUCCUUCCAUAGUCGGGCAUCGACUGGCAGGUUAACGAGGUCAUUUAGUACAGGAAGUAGGAGGAAGCAGAAUGUUUCAAAGCCAAGGAGUGUUGCUUCUGAUAGCUGUUUAGAAUCUUCUUUGAUUGACAGCUCGUCGAACAAGAAGAGGUGUGCUUGGAUGACACCAAAUACUGAGCCAUGUUAUGCUGCUUUCCACGAUGAAGAGUGGGGAGUUCCAGUACAUGAUGACAAGAAGUUGUUUGAGCUUCUUGUCCUUUCGGGUGCUUUGGCAGAACUUGCAUGGCCUGCCAUUCUAAGCAAAAGACACAUAUUUCGGGAAGUCUUUUUAGAUUUUGAUCCCAUUGCUGUCUCCAAAUUGAACGAGAAGAAGCUGAUGGCACCAGGAAGCACCGCGAGCUCCCUUUUAUCAGAACUUAAACUGCGUGCUAUCAUUGAGAAUGCACGCCACAUAUCUAAGGUGAUAGAAGAGUUUGGGUCGUUCGACAAAUUUAUAUGGAGUUUUGUCAACUACAAGCCUAUAGUUAGCAAAUUUCGGUACCCUCGCCAGGUUCCGUUGAAAACUCCAAAAGCAGAUGUAAUAAGCAAAGACCUGGUGAGAAGGGGAUUCCGCAGCGUAGGCCCCACUGUUGUCUACUCAUUUAUGCAGGUGGCUGGUAUAACAAAUGAUCAUCUCAUCAGUUGCUUCAGAUUCCGCGAGUGUAUAAAUGCAGCAGAAGGGAAGGAAGAAAAUGGCAUCAAUAUUGCAGCAGACGCAGAAAGAAGACCAGAUGGAGCAAUGGAAUCUGAAUUGUCCAUAGCUAUCAAUGAAUUGAGUUUCCCAUGAGUGAUAAACUUGUGCAUCUUUGUCGGCGCAUGGACCGAUUCACAGCUACACUUCCGGGUAGUAAUGAAAGUGAUUUUGUGCAUACAUUUCAUGAUUCCUAGUGCAUCAUGGAUUUCUAGAUUGUAGAUUCAGAAGUUAAUGUCAAUAGACUGAUGAACAUGCUUAAUACUUCUGUUCAAAAAAAAAAAAAACAUGCUUAAUACUAGUGCACUACUUUUUGUACA